CUUUGAUUUAUUUUUCUGUGCACGAAGUUUGGAAGACUAAACAUGUUGCAAAGACGGACGAGUUUACAUCAGUACUAGCAAUCAUGCAAUCCAUGGAAAAUAGCGUGGAGCAACCGGUGGCCUUUCCAGCUACAGAUGGCCAACCGGCCUCGGAGGAGGAGAGGAAAGUGGUGCAGGAGUUCAGCUAUCUGCUGGAAAAGUCCAAGCAGCUUUUCAACGGGCUGAGAGAUCUCCCACAGUACGGACACAAACAGUGGCAGUCAUAUUUUGGAAGGACCUUCGACGUGUACACAAAGCUCUGGAAGUUUCAGCAGCAAAACAGGCAAGUCUUGGACACACAUUAUGGCCUGAAGCGCUGGCAGAUUGGAGAGAUUGCGUCCAAAAUUGGGCAGUUAUAUUACCAUUACUACUUAAGAACGAGCGAAACAAACUAUUUAAACGAGGCGUUCUCGUUCUACUCGGCCAUCCGUUCCAGGGCAUAUUAUUCAAAAGUCAACCGAGAGAAAGGGCCCGAGUUGAUGGUGAAGAAGCUGCGCUACUAUGCCCGGCUCAUCGUUGUCUGCUUACUGCUGCGGAAACUAGACCACGUUAAGGAGCUAACCAAGGAACUCGGCAAGAAUGUGGACGAAUACAAAGGUCACUAUGAUUCGGAGGAUCAGAUGGAGUGGGCCCUGGUACUGGGAGAAAUUGAGGCCUUCACCGAGGCCGACAACAUCAUCACCGUGUUGGACAGCAACUCGCGAGCGGUGACGUUGACCUACAGACUGGCCCCGGGUGUCCUGCCCGGCCUGGACACGAGCUCACCUGUCUACCUCACGUUACAGGAAGCGCUUAUUGUGGGCAACUGUCAACAGCAGGUGAAGUUCAGCGAGUUGACCCUUGACAUGUACAGGAUGCUGCAAACUUUGGAGAGGGAGCCCUCGUCCAACGACCACAUCACCUCACCGCAGCAUCACAAUGAUAAUAACAGCAAGCCACUGAAGCGAGACAACCCUCACAAGUACCUCCUCUACAAGCCCACCUUCAGCCAGUUCUACACGUUCCUGUCCGCUGGAUUCAAGGAGCUUCCAGCCAAUGCAGCCCUGCUGCUCUACCUCUCGGCGGACGGCUCGGGGGGUCUCAGCAAAGGAGAAGAUGGGGCCUUUGACUCGGGGGGUGUGGCCACCAACAACAAAAGGGAGGGCAAUGACCAGCCGCUCAUCAAGAGGUCCAACGUGCUCAAGGAGACGCAUUGUAUACACCCAGGUGAUUUGUACCCAUUCACACGAAAACCGCUGUUCCUGGUGAUCGACAGCCCCAACAGCCAUGCAUUCAAGAACUUCCCCAACCUGUUCGGCCAGCCCGUGGUCUGCCUCAUGUCGCCCGUCUCCCUCCCCGUCACCAUCCAGGACCAGACCCCGCAGAAGGGCAACCUCUUCACCAUGUUCCUGCACUCCCCGCUGGUGGCGUUCUGCUACAUCUGCGACAUUGCCGAUGUGCCCUUGCAGCUGUGGGAGAACUGCCAGGCCAUGGUCAACAAGCUUCUGGGUGAGGUGGCAGCCGGGAUCAGCAAGUCCAAGACCAUCGACCACGUCUUCAUGCAGUUCUACGGCGACGAGUUCCUGAGGCUUCUCAUCCUGCGCUUCAUUUUCUGCUUUGCUGCUCUGCGCUACCAUCGAGGUUUCAAGGACGACAGCUUCUACCCCCAGAUUCACCCCGAGCUGCGUGGGCACGAUAUCCUGGAGUGUAAGGCCCUGCAUAAGCACGUGCUGGAGCUAGCCUCUAUGCUGGAUGUCCGGCCGCUCUUUCUGGAUGUCAGUGAAACAGACUGAACAGAAACCGCCGGAUUCGAAACCGAAAGGGUGGAACUUUCACGGAGGACUUUUCAAUGCAGGCAUUGAGUGUUGUUUUUUUGUAUUCUAGAUCACAUCUGUGUGUAAGAAAGUCUUUGGAGUGGUUUGCGUGGUGCAGCUUACUUGCCUGUGUCGAGAGUACCAUGCACUGUCAUGCAGAGGGUGACGAGAGUAGUCACUGUAAUAGGCUAAUAUGGCAUCAGGUAUGCCGAGAGUUUGAACUAUGGAUUGUAGAGUUGCACCGUGCACAUCUUGCCGGGGGGGUCGCAGCAUUUGCUACAAGUUGGUUGGUUAAUGCAGAAUGGUCAAGAAACGAGCAACCCGUAAAUAGGGGCCAGUGAAACGCAGCUGUGGGAAUUGGAUGAGACAACCACGGGCUUCCCUCAGGUGAACAAAACAUGUAGCGGUAGGUUACCACAAAAAAAAACAGUCCGUGCUGUUUGAUUUCUCCAUCUGUGUAAGGCCCAACCAUAUUGGUUUUCUUCAUGGGUUUUUAACCGAUCUUGUUUACAUCAUCACGGUUUGUGUAUGGUGUUGUAAAAUUGAGGUAUGCAUGGAUUUUUUUUCCACGCUGCUUGAUUCGUGAUUGGGUAAAGAUUGACCGACUCUGGACAGCAGUUAGGUGACGACAUCGGAGCAGUAACAGCAGCUGCAGGAUAAGUUGACUGACGCCCUAAGUGGACUUUCAAGGUUACCAACAAGGAGAGGCCUGUUUGCCAUAAACCAGAAGUCAUUUAGUGGCAGGCAAUAAAACCUUGGCCAACAUCUGUUCUGGUCUGGCCAGAUGCUUGCAAGCAUGCAACCUGCAACUUGAAAGCAGUCGAAGCGUUUUCAAUUCGGGCCAGGUUUUCGGCCGGGGAGUUUGUCAACGCCAGCAUGGUGGCGCACUUUUUGGCUCAGUUGAAGGUGGGAUGACCAGUGAAGAGCAGAUUUUCAGGAGCUUGUGCGUUGUCAUGGAUUUGUGUGCAAGGGCUCUGUGCAGGGAUGGUAGAGGGCGCUCUUUGGUCUAAUUACAAGAUCUGUGUGGGAGGGCACAUUGCCAGUCUGGACUGGAUAGCACACGUCUGAGUCAAGGGAGCAUGCAGAUGGCACAUGUCUCACCUCACACAACACAGCAAUGUUUCACAUUCCUGUCUCUUGAGGGCGCUGUCACUCAUAACCCAUCAGGGAUAGAAGCAUCCACAAGUCAACUCCACCCAGCCUUGAAAAGGUGCUGAGCGUGCAGUGAUUUGAGACAAUUCAUGAACUAAGGAAUUUGUCAGAGUUCAAGUUAAAGCAGUAACAAUAUGUAAAUAUUAUUUAUGUGAGCGUAACUUUUGGUAGGCACUGCUAGUUUACAGUAAUGAAAACCAUAGUUAUCAGAUCUUGUGUACUUAAUUCACAAAAAACCAGGUUUGGAUGUAUUCAUUUUAUCAUUUUAAUGCACAAGUGAACCGAGACCUCUGACAAGAACAACGAUGGAUUUUCAGGACGUUUAAAUCCUUGAAUCCUACAUGCUAAUAAUGCCAAAGUGAAGAUGAUACAUGUACAAGGCAGGUACAUUAAUAAUUUAACAAGGACUGCUCUGAAGUUACAUGUAUUUGCAAGCUUACUUGGACAGAUCUCAAACCUGCAACAGUACUUCCUUUUGUAAUUUGAUAUGCAAACUGGACAGCUGACCCUUGCGAGUGUGGAGGUCGAGUGGGUAAGACAGCACUUGUAAUCAGCAAGGUUGCGGGUUCGAUUCCCUACUUGAGAGCCAGCUUGUGACUUUUUUCUGCACAAGCUCCCAGAAAAAUCUGUGUGCAGUGUUUACCAUAGUGAUGAUGGAAGAAAUUCUUGAAAAUUAGCAUCUGUCCAACACAGAUUUCACCUAGCAUCCAGGGAUGGCGGCAAUAGAUAAACAUCAUGACCCUCUACAUCCAAAUAAACCAGAUACCUUAAAACCUACAGGUCUGGCUGUGACAUGCCACUUAAAUAAUGCCUCUUGAAGUUUAACAUAUUUUUUCUUCCUAAAGUUCUCAUCCACUGCUGCAAAUUAUUUGGUCAUCUUACAUGUACAUUGGAUUUUAUUGUAUCAUAUUGUCCAUAGGGUUUUAACGUACAUAUUUAAAUGAUUCUUGAUGUGAGUUUGAAAAGAGCUUUUAUUCUCUCCAACUUGCUUUAAUUGGCCGUAUUUGUUGCAUGGUGUGGCCGAUCUAAUCUUAAAACUGUAAAAAUCUGAACAGUUGGUACACCUGUUUUUGGCUAAUACUAAUCAAACAGGCCAAAUUUUCUUUAUUUUCACAAUGUUCGAACUUUUUUUUAAGGUUUAUUUUUAGGGAAUUUUAUAUAAACCAUGUCAUACGCAUCAAAUGACAUCUCCAUCCAAACCAUUAUUUAUUCACAUCCAUGCCACCAACCAUUGUGAAUCAGUUUGUUUGAAAACAUGAUUAACUCAAAAGUUUGAAAUUAUACAUAAAGUGUUACCGUAUAUUUCAUUACUGAUGUAUCCAUAACUUUUGCACUUUUUAAA